AUGGCUACCGCAUUCAGAUUGAGACUUGCAGUUAAAUUAGGAAAAACUCUUUCAAGACCGUUGAGUCGAAAUUUCGAGAAGGACUUUUUAGAAAGACAAUGUCGACGACUUUCAGGUGUAACCAGUUCAGCAAGAUGCUUUUCUUCUCAAACCGCGACUCAGACUACAGAGUAUCACAGUAUCAUAAAAGAUACAGAAAAGCCCACAGGUCAAAGUAGUAAACAUGAAUUUCAGUCUGAAACUCAAAUGUUAUUACAAAUUGUUGCAAAAUCUUUGUAUUCGGAUAAAGAGGUAUUUAUUCGUGAAUUGGUUUCCAAUGCUAGCGAUGCUCUUGAAAAAUUACGCUAUGUUAGAUUAAGUGACACCCAGGCUGCAGAAACUGCUGGAGAUAGAAGUUUAGAAAUUCAUAUUGCUACUGACAAACAGAAUAGAAUCCUCACGAUUCAGGACACAGGAAUUGGAAUGACUCGUGAAGAACUAAUAUCAAAUUUAGGAACUAUAGCACGAUCUGGUUCUAAAGCUUUCCUAGAGAAGUUGAAAGAAAAACAAGAUGCUGGUGAUACAUCACAGAUUAUUGGGCAGUUUGGUGUUGGUUUUUAUAGUGCUUUUAUGGUUGCUGAUAAAGUAGAAGUAUUUACUAAAUCAUAUGCAAAAGAUGCCGAAGGUCUUUGCUGGAUGUCUGAUGGUUCCGGUAGUUUCGAAAUCUCGACAGCUGAAGGUGUUCAACCAGGAACGAAAAUUGUUAUACACUUGAAACCUGAUUGCCGAGAAUUUAGCGAUGAAACUACAAUAAAUCGUAUUAUUAAUAAGUACAGCAACUUUGUUGGUAGUCCUAUUUUUGUUGAUGGUAAAAGGGCUAAUACUAUUCAGCCACUGUGGAUGUUGGAUUCAAAAGACAUUACACCGCUCCAACAUGCUGAAUUCUACAGAUUUAUUGGAAACUGUUUCGAUUCGCCUCGAUUCAUUCUACAUUAUACGACUGAUGUCCCGCUUAGUAUUAGAGCAUUAUUAUAUUUCCCGGAGGAAGCACCAGGAUUAUUUGACUUGGCUCGAGAUACAUCAAGCGGCAUUUCUCUGUAUAGUCGUAAAAUCUUAAUUAAAAGCAAGGCAGAAAAUAUUUUACCGAAAUGGUUACGUUUCAUGAAGGGCGUAGUUGACUCUGAAGAUAUUCCUCUUAAUUUAAGUCGCGAGUUGUUACAAAAUAGUACCUUAAUUGGAAAAUUGCGGGAUGUUUUAACGUCGCGUAUUUUGAAAUUUUUAAACGAACGAUCUCAGAAGCAACCCGAGGACUAUAUUAAAUUUUAUAAAGAUUAUGGUCUUUUCUUAAAAGAAGGUAUCGUCACCAGUAACAACCACAAUGAGAAGGAAGAAAUAUCGAAACUUUUGCGAUUUGAGUCAUCUUCUAUGCCACCGAAAGAAUUAGUUAGUAUACCGGACUAUUGUAAACGUUUGCCCGAAGAUCAGAAACAUAUAUAUUAUCUGUCAGCUCCAAGCCGAACUCUAGCCGAGCAGUCGCCAUAUUAUGAAUCUCUCAAGAAACGAAAUGUCGAAGUGUUAUUCUGUUAUGAGUCUUAUGAUGAAUUGGUUUUAACGCACUUGAGAGAGUAUAAAUCUUAUACCUUAACAUCUGUAGAAAAACAAAUGCGGGAAGAUUCAGAGUCAAGUAAAUCUGAUAAUCUUGGAAUCAAUCAAGAAGAAAUCAACAAUCUUAUGGGCCAUAUGAGGAAUCUUUUGACAAAGAAAGCUUUUGAUAUUAAGAUAACGAAUCGUCUCGAAUCGCAUCCAUGUGUAGUUACGGUAAAAGAUAUGGCAGCUGCAAGGCAUUUUGUCCGCUCUCAGAGUCAUCAAUUAAACGAAGAAAUGCGGUAUUCUAUCCUUCAACCUCGCUUUGAAAUAAAUCCCAAUCAUCCUAUCAUUAAGAAACUCUGUCAACUGAUAAAGUCAGAUCCGAAAUUAGCAGACCUUCUUAUACGCCAGCUGUUCACUAGCUCUAUGGUUGGAGCGGGUCUAAUAGAAGAUCCCCAGAUAUUAUUAGCCCCGAUGAAUGAAUUAUUAACUCUCGCAUUAGAGAAACAUUAGUUUAAGCUAA